AUGGCAAAUAGCGGCGAGCUCAAUCUAAAGCUCCUCCAGGGCGCUACGCCCCGGGAGCAGGCAGUCCACCUCCGCCAUGUCCUCGACAGCAACCCGGCUGCCGUCUCCUCCCUCACUUCUCAGCUCAUCUCCCUUGUUGCCACCGAGACUCUCCCGCCAAUCGUGCUCUGUCUAUGGCCCACCGUCGCCAAUCAACCCGAGGUCGUUGUGGCAGUGAUACGACAGGGGGAAUGCGUCAAUGCCCGCCAUUCAGCCAUCAAGCACUUCUAUCGCCAUCUGCGCAGAGAACAGACGUUUGCAAAGGCCUGGGAAGCUGCCGGCGGUGCCAAGGGAGUCGCUCAGCUGGCGGCAAAGCUCAGUGCUAGCAAUGUGCGGCUUCUACUCAGGUUGCUGGGCGAUACUGCUCGUGCGCAGGGAGCUCGGAAGCAACGGCAGCGAGAGCUAGAGAAACUGCUGGAGUUACUCUGGGGGCAGCAGCAUGAAGAUGGAGAGGAGCGUGCUGCGUUGGAUGUUCGUCCGCUGUGGGAGGCCUAUGUGAAGCUUCUCCCUGCUUGUGGCCCUGCGUUUCGAGUGGACUGGGAGGAAUUCAAGAAGAGACCGACCUCGAGGAGUUGUAGCAGUUUGUUUAUUGAGAUGGAUCAUGAGUUCUUUGAGAGCCAUUACGACGGGAAGCUGGGGCGCAACGAAAUCACCGGCGACGAGUUUCUGGACCGGGCCAAGCCCCUGCUUCUUCAUCGCACAGAGUACGGCCUGCAGGUCCUAGAAAGGUUUCUCGGCAGUCAAGAUCUGCUUGGGGUCUCUCCCGAUACUCUGCUUGAUGUCGUCAUUCAUCCCCUGGGGAAGCGAUCCUUAUCAAGGCGAAGGAUAUCCGACGACACCACCUUUCGCUUCUGGAGACGUGUGUUAACUGGCCUGAAAGAGCGCUCGGCAUUCCAGAGGAGCUUUGACAACUUUGAAUCGCAUUUCAACAAGAUAGUCGCCCGUUUGGUCAAGGUGUGGAAUCACUCACGCGCAAGGGUUGAGUACACGGAGCUGCUGGCGACGCUGUUCUCCGUUCUUCCUGAGGUUAUGGGCAACAGAUUACGGCUGCCAGAUCUGCUACGGAGCGUUGGCAAGGUCAGAAGGUACCAGCUUCUACGCUUGGUCUUGAAGCACACGGCCGGCAAUCGGGUCGAUAUCGGAGACCCUGCCAGUCUGGAGCAUUCAGAGCUUGACAAGUUGUCAUUCCGUUGGCAGACGGUAAUCUUCUUCCUUUUACCGGCGGAAGAGGCAUUGGCUUUGUGGGAGAAGGUCCAAAGAGCAGGCCAAGAUGUUGGGUGGGACAGCGGCCGUAACCUGGGGCUGUUUCCGCUUGUCUCUGAUCGGAAUGACCCUGAACGACAUGGGCUGGCUGAUCGUCACGUCAUGCGGGCUCUUUUGCUGAAACAGAUCCGGAGCUCGGCCGUUCCCGCAUUCUCGUCCGUAGAACUCGACGCCAUGCGGGCUGAGGCUCGUCAAGACGUUUCCAGGAGGAUGAAGAAGGCGACCCAAGGCCGCUCAGCCGAGGAUCGAUCAGAAGCUGCCCUGUCUGCCCUGGCCCUCUGCGUGGCGAUUGGGGAUCUGGAGCUCUAUGCAGAGACGCUCCUCUGGGCCCGACGGUUCAACAAGGAUCCUCUGACGGUCAAGGAAGUGUAUGGUCGACAAAGCCUCAUGACCAGCGAAGGGCAAGGCCUUUUGGCUGUGCUGCAUGAAAAGAUGAAGGAUGACGAAUUGACCGUUUCCGUGAGCGAGCUAACUAACAAGAUACAUUCUGCCAAUACCGUCUUGACCAUCUUAUACGAGACUGCACUUAUGGGAGUGAACGAGCCUAGCUUCUAUUCCUGGGAUUGGAAUUGCACGUUUGAACUGAUUCAGCGUGUUGCUUGUCUACGCCUAGACUGCGCCAAUGACUUCCAAGAUCGGACCGGGAUGUCAGAUGACUCGUUAUAUGAAGCCGUGUGGAAGCCGACGUCUGCCAUGCUGGAGAAGAUGCUGUCUAAUCUUUUCGGUCCCCUUGACACGAGGUUUGAACCCAUAUCACCCUAUGACACUUUGUCUACCUUGAGGAUUGCAGAGCCUCGGAAGCUUCGCGGGCAUACCAUCAGGUUCUUCAACCAGCUGGCCGAGUUUCAAGACUCGCUUUGGGCAGAGGUCCGUCGGCGCGAAACCCCGGCCCUGGUCACGGCGGACGAGAUCUGGCCCAAGGGAGCCACUCUGCAGCAAUUGUCAAGCUAUUUCGGCGAGGCUACGGCGUAUCUCCCCUAUGCGCAGGCACGAGUCGAGACAGUUGUCUUUAUGGACCCUCUCAAAGCUCUGCAGCCUAUCGAGGUCGACGAGGAAGCCCAACUCGCCAUUGGGACGUUUGUAGACAGCUGGCCCGGGGCUCUGCAGCUGUACAUUCAGGUGCCGGGUGAGGAGGAGCGGAAAGAGCGCACCCUGAAAGCAUGGCAGCAGGCCACUGUCGCCUUGAGCAAGAGCCGCAUGUCUCCGGAAGAGGCUGAGCGGUUUUGGUGGCCUGUAUUCCAGGGCGUUGAUGUUAGGAAAAGUGAAGUUGGGAUUGAUGAGGAGGCGGACCAACGUCCGAGGCCGUCUUUACCUGAAGUAGGCCUGGACGAGAGUGGUAUGCAGCCCCUUGAAUGGAAUCCGGACUCUGAAUACGAUCGAAUAUCGCAGCCGGAAAAGGACAAGGCUCUCACACCGACCCUUCUGGAUGUUUUGUUGAGCCGGCCGACCCAAGACGGCAUGACCAGUUUUACCAAGGCACAGAGCUCGAUAUUUGGGGACGUCAAGCCCGUGAUUCCUGGAAAGCCUCGCCCUUGCUCCUUCUGGUCUUCUUUCUUCGCAUCGACAACACCGCUUAGCGGAAGGAGUGCGGAUGCUUAUGCGACUGCGGCAAUUCUGGCAGUGAACAUGAAGGACGGCUUCAACCCAUCGUUGCUCAAGACGCCGUUCCCUAACGCGGAGGCAGUGCGGAUUCCAGCUGUGUACCUGGACCAAGAGUUCUUAGAGCGAGAGGCCGACAAAAACUUGUGCCACCAGUGUCUGGACGUGUUGGAUGAUCUAAGACGUUAUACACCAGCGGGCCUCCUCGUUCAGUUGGCAGAAUCUGUCUUUGAGAGCAUCAAGAGAAGGCCCGAAACAGAAAAGCCGUGCUCGGUUUUCAAUAGGAUCAUCAAGUCCAUCUUGGAUGGAAAAGAUCCCUCGCUGGCGACCCCCCUGAUACGGCGUUUUGUCCUGGAGAAUCCUGAUGCGAGCUCGUGGCAUCGGCUGCUUCUUAAUUCAGGAAGUCUUGAGAAGCUUUCUCCGGCUGACGCGAAGGGGUUCCUUGAGGGCUUUACGGAUGCCAUGCUGGAUCAACUGCAAGAACAGGCGGAGCGACGUGCGGACGAGGACAAGGAGGCUGCAGAUGAAGCGGCGCCAAUCAAGGCGCCCCUUGUCAAGAUUACGACGGUCAAGAUGCUGGCGCAGCUGUUGAGAAAGUCUCCAGUCGUCGAUCCGAGUCUGGCAGUGGACCUCAAUAUCAGAAUUCUGAAGAGGGCGAGCCAUGUAGACAUCCGGACGGCGUCUCUCGAGGGACUGACCCAGGCAUUUACGAAUAGUGCUACCAGCUCUGUCGUGAAGCGGCGGAUACUUGAUGCACUUUGUGAAUAUGCGCUGCCCAUCGCGUCUUCAGCCAACGAGUCACGGCCUUCUACGGACUGGGAUACGUUGACGCCUGACAGCGAAGUUCCCGAGAUAUGCGAAGCAGGGGUUGGAACUGACAGGGUCCCUCGUAUCAUGGAACUCAUCUUAUACGCGGAUCUGGCAAUGGAGUAUCUAUUGCUGCGAACGAAUCCUCCAGAAUGGCUAACUGCCAUUACUCAGGCCGUGAGGGAUAACAAGAAGCUUGCAUACACAAAUUCCGGAAGACAUUGGGCGCAGAUGUGGAACAGCGAUGGUGAUAUGCUCAUGAAGCGCCUGUUGGGGACAAUCUGCUCCUAUCUCAAGAGCGUGGAGGAGGGGAUGGAGCGCGGUGAGAUUACAAAGAGAGCAGGAUAUCAGUCAAUGGACUCGUAUCUCCUUGAAAUCGCAGAGGGUGUUCUCAUGCAGGGGCAAUUGACCAAGUUUGAUGCGUUCAUGGAGAACACGUACAGCUUUGACCGCAACAUGCCAGUCUGGGGAAGGAUUGUGGAAAGAAUCAACGAGUUGAGGACACCUGCCUGGCAGGCCGACUCCAACAGAAAGCCGGCUGUCUUGCCGGAUACGCUGGGACUGAAGAUUCGGAUGCUUAAUCUGCCUCGAUGGAGUCUUUCCACUCCAGAAGAAACAAGAGCUGCUGCCGCGAGAUGUGUAGAGGGAGUGGUCAGGCUGCUGGAGGACAUUGUGGCCGAUCAGAGGCCUUAUAUUCGAAGCUAUGGCACGCUACGGCAGGCGUUGGAAGCCAUUGAGCCAAAGGCGGAGUUGGGGAUUGCACUUGCGGCGACGACACCUGCGCUGGAUGAUGCGAGUGUUGUUACGUUGGUGGACUAUCUCCGUGUCGAGCUGGCGGCGGGCUUGUUGGACAAGAGCCACAUCUUCAAGGCAGGGUUUGGGGAGCCGCAUGAGGAGGAUGUUGUCAAGAGGGCGACGGAGGUGGUGAUGAAGAUGAGUGGGAGUAUCGUGGAGGAGUUUCGGACGCUGGCGGCGCCGUUGAAGGUGAAUAUUGAGAAUACGGAUGGUUGGGAUUGGUGGUCUUAG